AUGGCUGCCCCACAGCUCACCGAGAGCACCAUCACGGUGGAAGGCCAAACCCUCUUCUACCGCCAAGCCGAGCCGGCCCAACCGGCGCCAAAGCUGACGGUGCUGCUGCUGCACGGCAUUCGCUUCUCCUCUGACACUUGGCUUCAGCUGGGGACGCUUGCCACACUGGCUGAAAAUGGCUACCGAGCUGUGGCUAUUGACCUGCCGGGGCUGGGGCGCUCGAAGGAUGCUGUGGCCCCAGCGCCUGUGGGCCAGCCAGCGCCGGGGACUUUCCUGAAAGCGGUUUCGGAGGCUCUGUGCCUGGGUCCGGCCGUGGUGAUCAGCCCAUCGCUCAGCGGCAUGUACUCCCUGCCCUUCCUCUUCCAGCACAGCCACCUGCUCAAGGCGUAUGUCCCCGUCGCGCCCAUCUGCACCGAGAAAUUCACAGCGGAGCAGUAUGCCCAGAUCAAAACCCCCACGCUGAUCGUGUUCGGGGACCAGGAUGCGGAGCUGGGGCAGGCCAGCCUGAACAACCUGCGUCACCUCGCUGAGCACCGGGUGCUGGUGCUGCAGGGCGCCGGACACGCCUGCUACCUGGACAAGCCUGAUGAGUGGCACCGUGGGCUCCUGGCCUUCCUGCAGCAGCUGGAGUGAGCAGGACGGGCCGUGUGGAAGGGCCCACAGGGCUGGGCGACGUGGC